AAAAAACUUAGCUCCGUGCAAGAUCUCGAAAGCUGAUGACAUAAGAGGGAGCGGGUAACGAUUAACUAGAAUGUCAUUCAGACCUUGGUAAUCAAUGCAGGGGCGCAAGGAACCGUCCUUCUUCUGAACAAAAAAAAACCCCGCCCGGCGGGAGAGGAGGAGGGAACAAUAGUACCGGCAUCGAGAGCUACAGAUAAAUAAUCCUCGAGAGCCUGACGUUCGGGAGCCGACAGCGCGUAAAGUCUUCCCCGGGGGGGAGUGGUUCCUGGAUGAAGUUCGAUACUACAAUCAUAUGAACGAUGCGGAGGAAGAGAAGUGGCCCGGGACCGACAGAACACCGUCCGCAGAUUGUGAUACUCCUCCGGCACCCCCGACAAAUCACCAGGCUCAUCCUGAAAAACAGAGACAGAGGACACAGGGGGAACAGCAGACAUUAAACAUUUCACAUGACAAGAGACAUUCCACGAAAGGAUAGUAUUCUUAGACCAAUUAAUAGAGGGAUUAUGUUGAACUAGCCAGGGAUGGCCUAAAACAAUGGGGGCGAAAGGGGACUGAAAAAUAAAAAAGAAAUGGUCUCGCUAUGAUUACCGGAGACAGUGAGGGUCAAAGGUAACGUCUCACGCUGAAUCUUGGGGAGGGAACUACCGUCCAAGGCAAACAGGGCCGUGGACUUCCUUAAGUCCAUGAGGGGGAUACCAUGUUCCCGAGCCCAGGUCUCGUCCAUGAAACAGCCCUCCGCCCCAGAGUCAAUCAAAGCCCUGCAGGUGGCAGAAGAGCCGGCCCAGCGAAGAUGGACGGGAAAGGUGGUGCAAGACCUUGAAGGAGAGACCAGAGUAGUAGCGCUCACCAGUAGCUCUCCUCUUACUGGCAAGCUCUGGCUUUUACCGGGCAGGAGGUAACGAAGUGAGUGGCAGAACCGCAAUAGAGGCAGAGACGGUGGAUGAUUCUCCGCUCCUUCUCCUUAGCCGAAAUGCGGAUGCCCCCCAGCUGCAUGGGCUCAGAAACCAAGGUGGUAGGGGAGGGUGGUAGUGCAGCGGAGAGGGGUGCGAAGGAAGAUGUGGACUCCUGGUCACGAACACGGCGACGGCGAUCGAACCGUCUCUCUCUAUACGGAUGGCGAGCUCUAUCACGGAAUCCAUGCUGGAGGGAACCUCUCUGGAAAGAAUCUCGUCCUUAACCUCCGAGCAAAGACCAUCCAAAAAACGGGCGAGCAGUGCCGGCUCGUUCCAGUCACAGGAGGCUGCAAGAGUACGGAACUCAUUGGAAUAGUCAGUGAUAGACCGCUUACCCUGACGCAAAGAUGAUAGGACCCGGGAUGCCUCUUCACCAAAAACAGAGCGGUCAAAAACCUGUAUCAUCUCCUCCUUGAAAUCCUGAUAACAGUUAGUACAGUCAGCCUCCGCCUCCCAGAUGGUCGUUCCCCACUCUUGAGCCCGUCCAGAAAGGAGAGAAACAAUGUAGGCGAUACGGGCUCUGUUCUGGGAAUAAGUAGUGGGCUGGAGAGAGAAAACCACGUCACACUGGAUGAGAAACGCACGGCAUUCAGAGGGCUCACCGGCAUAGCACGGCGGGUUAUUGAUCCUGGGUUCCGGAGGCUCGGGGGUCCUGGAAGUGGCCGGUGACUCAGGGCGAAGAAGAAGUAUCUGUCUCGAGAGUUCGGAGACCUGAGCAGCCAGGCUCUCAACGGCGUGCUGCGCCGCAGACAGCUCUGCCCAACAUCGCUCCCUGGAGCUCGACGGCUGACUGGAGUGAGACCGGGUUCGCUGGGUCCAUCUUGGUCGGAUUCUUCUGUUGUGUAGGUGAUAUUUUCAGCUUGUGAGUUAGGUGUGUUCGACGUUCUCCUCCAGUCCCAAAAGCCCAUGAGUUCAGGUGAGGUGGCACAGAAACUUACGGCCAAUGAAGGUGGCAUAGAGCGAUUAUUGGAUGUGCUGGUUGCCAUAGAGAUUGUAGAGGUGGAACAGUUACAUGGGACAGCUUAUUACAGCAGUACAGAUGUUGCUAAUCUAUACCUGGCCAAAUCCAGCCCCAAAUCUCUACACAAUUUGAUCAUGUAUUAUUCUCAGACCAUCUACCCUCUCUGGAACAAUCUGGUAGAUGCCGUAAGGGAAGGAAAGAACCAAAAUGAGAGAACCUUUGGCCUCCCAUCUGAAGAGAUUUUCUCCGCCAUAUACAGGUCAGAAGAAGAGAUGCUGAAGUUCAUGGGUCUGAUGAACUCUACGUGGGUCAUUGAUGGCCAUGACAUAGUGACAGCAUUUGAUCUUUCCUGCUUUAAGUCUAUUAUAGAUCUGGGUGGUGAGUAUGAAUGCAGUUUAUACCUUGGUACUCUUACUACAAGAGACAGCUGUCCCAUUCUAAGGCAUGUUAAUUUGAGACUGUUUGCAGGUUGCUCUGGUGCAUUAGCACGUGAGCUGGCAAAAGAGUAUCCUUCCUCCACUGUCACAGUUCUAGAUCUCCCAAAUGUGGUCCAAACUGCUCAGCGACAUUUCGUCCAGCAAGAUGACACCGUUCAGUUUCAAGAGGGGGACUUCUUUGAAGGAGAAAUCCCUACUGCAGAUCUGUUUAUUCUGGCUCGGAUCAUUCAUGAUUGGAAAGAGGAAAAAAAUCUCAAGCUACUGAAGAAGGUUCAUACAGCAUGUCAUCCAGGUGGAGGCAUUCUGAUAGUGGAGGCAAUGUUGUUUGAGAACCGGCGGGGUCCAACUAUGGCCCAGAUUUUCUCUCUGAACAUGCUGGUCCAGACAGAAGGGAAGGAGCAUCCUCCAUCUCAUUACACACGUCUGCUCACUGAGGCGGGAUUCAGGGACGCGCAGGUCUGUCGGACUGGAAAAUCGUACGAUGCUAUCCUGGCACUCAAAUGAACUCCCAUUGAACCCCUUUCAGUAAUCAGACCCCUUCUGCCUUAUCUCCAGACCUGUUGUGAUCAGACACUUGUCAGUAAUCAUGCGUAUGUCUAACAUCUGUUGCUCCACCAUAGCCUAGUUUUAGGUCUCCUGUCCAAUCAUAAAGCAGUAUUUUUACAACAUAGACUGAGCCAAGUCCUGAACAUUUCUUCCAAAAGUCUCUUACUUUAGUAGUGGAUUAGGUCUAGCUAUUUGUGAACCUGGCCCUUGAGGCCUACAGAAGUGGUCUGAGAGGGAGUGGGUUGAGGAGUGCUUUUGGAUUGGCUAGCAAUGUGUGAAAAAUAGGCUCCUCCCUCCAUUCUGUCCAUUGUACAGUACACCCAUGCACUGCUGUCUUGUUGACACAUGGUUAAGUGUGACCUCUAUUGGUGAUUUUCUGCACUAACACACACAAAAUAAUAGUUCUUCUGAUGUACCAAACACCCAGAAAUACAAUUCUGUUAGUUGAUUUUUUAUUCAUACACAGAACUUCCAUUGAAGGUCUACAUAUAUCAGUUCCUGACUUAACUGCUGACCCAUUUCUGCCUCACUUCAUUUCAAUAGUAUGAAACAGGGCCAUACAGAAGUACUAAGUUGUUGUUUUUUGUCUAACAUUAUUAACCAUCUCCAGGAUAAAUGGAAGUUCUCUUGACAGUUGUCAAUUGCUUGUAAAGAUGCAGAUGCAUUGUUUUUUUUUUAAUCUUUAGUUUGAGUACAAGUACUUUUUCUAGUGAAAACAUGCCACACCCUUGACCUUUGGCCACGCAUUUAUUUUUGUCCUGGAAUAACAUACUAAUAAAUGGAAAGGAAACAAUGAACAAUGCUUUUAGUUGCUAAGUAAUUCCAAGCAUUUAGCAGCUUGUAUAGCCUACACUUUCAGCAAUGUUCAAAAUGUUCAUGGCACACCUCACCUACUAAAAAUUUCAAAUAAACAACUCAAAUGCAUUGACAUGCUUUGUAGCUGACAUUUGUUAAUUAUGAAUAUUUAAAAUGUAAUACAUAUUUAAAUCUUAUACUUCUACAUUGGAUUAAUGAAAUAGUAAUUAGCCGUCAUUUAUACAGGUUUCUUAUGAAUAUUAAAUCAUGAAUACAGAGGUGUGUUCAAUCAGGCUGAGCUCUUCAAAGGCUCCCUGAAAUCUCCAAACAUGACAUAAGUUGGUUAUAAUGAAAAAGAUGACAUAUAAGCCAUGAUGAGAUGUUAGGGAUGGGUGAUACCACUUAUUUUCUUUUCGAUCCGAUACCAGUAAUUUAAAGUCCAAUAUCGUCAAUACCAAUAACAAUAUUUCUGUUAAAUUAUUAAUUAUUUUGUUUGUGAUUUCUUGGGAUUUAAUUGGUUAUUUAAUUUUUUUGGUCAGAAUUCAAGUCAUUAUUAUUAUUAUUUUUAUUUUUACAUGUGUGAGCCUAAACAGAAAAUUAUUAGACUUCUGUUUUGUUUACCCUUACAAAAAUUAACCAUGGUUUCACUACAGUAACUAUAGUUUAACCAUGGUAUUUAUCUAAACACAGUUUUUAUUAAGAAUAUGAUAUCUAAAUAUGACAUUUAUAAGAAAUGUCACAUUUAGAUAUGUUAUUUUAGUGUAAAUUUACUACAGAAGCUGUUUCUCUGAUUUUCUAUCAUUACCUCUACAAGGCACUGAUCACUCUUCUGCAUGCCUUUCACCUGCAUGUUAAAAUUAGUGGAGGAAGAAAUAGCUCCCAUCCUGCACAAGUAUUUGCUAAAAGAUUUAUCCUUUUUAUUUCACUUUCAAACUUAUGAUUAUUGUUCAUGUUCGUGGUAACCAAAUUAUAAUAUCUCUAGUUUAAAAAAAAUACUAGAAUCAAUAUUUUUGUGUGAGGAUCUAUAUUUUUGAUACAGCACCAGUAUCGGAAGUAUCGAUACUUUAAUAUCGAUCCGCCCUUUCCUAUGAGAUGUGCGUGCGUGCUUCCCCUGGUAGCUAGGGCACCCGUUAUUUUCAGAAUUGAAAAUAAUUAGUCUGGAAUUGACUCUUGGAAUCGAUUCCAAAACCAGUCAUUGGAAUCUGAGUCGAUUCCCAAAUAUAACAAAUAUUCCAGACUAAUUAUUUUCAAUUCCGAAAAUAACGGGAGGUAAAGUUAAAUCUCAUAAUAAACAGCUCACAACUAAGCAUUAUUUGCACUAUUUAUAAUAGGAUGAAUGACAUUUACUAUUAAUAGGUCCAUUCUAAACUUAAAUCAGGGCCUAUAUGCAUAUAAUAAAACGCGAUGCUUCAAUCCCAUAAAAUAAAUUUGAGGGAAGUUCGAAGAAGUACCGCAAAUAGUCUUAAAAGCAUAAUUUAAUCUAUAUCGAGUCUGUUACCACUCUCGAGUUCUUGUUUACAAAGAGGUUUAUAUUAGAAUGCACAGUAGGAUUG